ACUGAAUUGGAAUGGUUCAAAGGAGUAUAAAACAAAAAAUUUGUAUUAGCGAAAUCGACUUAGUUUCAAUUUAUAGCCUUCCAGGUUAUUAUUUUUUUACUAAUUUUGUACUCUUUGGAAACCCCAGUUUACGAUCCCCAUUAGUUUGUGUAUGUUUUUAAUAUUUGUCACGUUACUGUUUGAGAAGAAAGAACAACAACAACGACAGCAGCAUCAGCGCCUCAAAAUGUAACCGUCCACAUUUUCGGAUAGCGCUCAGGGUGACCCAAGAGUUCCUCCAAUAAUUCCUGACAAGAAACCACAGUACACCAGUUUUUGAGAUCCUUUCAUUCAGUCGGCUCUUCCUUUGAGGACACUUGCUGCGCUUUGAACCAGCCUUCAGAGACCCCGUGUUGUAUCAUGAAUUAUUCCAGGUUUAUAAAUGCUGUAAGUGCAGCAAGAAAGGCCUCUCCAAUACGAAUAUUAACUGAACUGCAGCAGAGAUCCUCACCAUCACUCAUCUCGCUUGCUGCCGGAGCUCCUAAUGCAGACACCUUCCCAUUUAAAAGUGCCAGCAUCUCUCUGGAGAACGGCAGCAGUAUUGACUUUGAUGAGGUCCUUAUGAAGAGAGCUCUUCAAUACUCUGCAUCACCUGGAAUUCCAGAAUUACUUUCAUGGAUGAAGGACCUUCAGAAAAGCCUCCACAACCCGCCAACGGCCAGCUUCAGCCCUGAAAGGUCGCAGCUGGAGAUGUGUGUCACCACUGGCAGCCAGGAAGGACUGUGCAAGGCGUUUGAAAUGAUUAUAAACCCUGGGGACAAUGUUCUCUUGGAUGCACCGACGUAUUCCGGAACACUAGCUGCUCUUAAACCACUGGGAUGCAACAUAAUUAACGUCCCCAGCGAUGAGUAUGGAAUAAUUCCCAAAGCUCUGAGGGAAACCCUUUCCCACUGGAGGCUGGAAGAUGUUGGGAAACCCAACAAUACCGUCCCAAAACUGCUCUAUACUAUUCCAAAUGGGGGCAACCCCACAGGAGCCUCCAUGACUACAGAACGCAAAAGAGAAGUCUAUCAGCUUGCUCAAGACUAUGAUUUCCUUAUAAUUGAGGACGAUCCCUACUAUUUUCUUCAGUUUGAAAAGCCUUGGGUGCCAACAUUUCUAUCAAUGGACGUUGAUGGUAGAGUUAUAAGAACUGAUUCAUUUUCUAAAAUCCUGUCCGCUGGUCUAAGACUGGGAUUUGUGACUGGACCAAAACCCCUUAUUGAUAGGAUAGUCCUCCACAUUCAGGCAUCUACAAUGCACACCAGCACCUUCACACAGCUCCUUGUCACACAGCUGCUUCAGAGAUGGGGACAGGAAGGGUUCCUUAACCAUAUUGACAGUGUUGUGGAGUUCUACAGAAAGCAGAGGGAUGCAAUGCUUUCUUCUGCAGACAAGUGGCUUCAAGAUGUUGCUGAAUGGCACAUGCCUGCGGCUGGCAUGUUUCUGUGGAUCAAGGUGAAAGGAAUUCAGGACACACACAAGCUGAUUAUGGAGAAAGCAUUAGAGAAGGAGGUGCUGCUUGUGCCAGGGGGUGUCUUCAAUAUUGACAGCUCAGAGCCUUGUCCGUAUGUGAGAGCUGCCUUCUCGCUUUCCUCUCCAGAGCAGAUUGAUCAGGCUUUCCAGAGACUGCGUGCACUAAUCAAGGAGUCAAUGUAAAGUAUCUACAGUGAAUGGACUGAAAACAAGAAGAGAUUCUGCAUCGUGUAGGAAGACACCCUCUAUCCACUGCAGGAAGAGAUUAUUUUUAGGAGGCGUCUACACGCCGAGUUCAUCACAAUUUGAAUACUGUUUGCUUUACCCAUUCAAACCCUUUAGUGUCUCCUGGUACAGACUGGUUUCACAGACCCACAUUACCACUAAGCACCAGCCAUCAGUACCUAUUUUACUAGCACUGUCUACUCUUUUUUUAAAUUUUUUUUUUUAAAGCUGGGCAAGAAAAUGAACUGAAAGUGUUCUGGAAAGUAAGUCUAUUUGUUUGUGUGAUAAGCCCUACACCGUGCCUGCAUAGUGCCUUCAUGAACGUAGGACCAAUUCAAACGGCUGAAUCAGUACACUUUUACUAAAGUAGACUUCAUGAAGUUUUUACUCUCAUGAUUCUUGAGGUUAGAAAACAAUCAACUUAAACUUAGCCUUUUGUAACAUUCGUUAUCCUGCAUACCAUUGAGCCCAGAGCCCUUUGUGACAAGUUAUUAUAGGAAAACAAAGCUGGUUAGAGACAGCAUGGAACGUGUUCGGUAUUGCUGAAGGCUGUGUGGAACGUGUUCUAUAUUGUUGAAGGCUGUGUGGAACGUGUUCUGUAUUGUUGGAGACUGUGUGGAACAUGUUCUGCAUUGUUGGAGGCUGUGUGGAACGUGUUCUAUAUUGUUGAAGGCUGCAUGGAACGUGUUCUGUAUUGUUGGAGGCUGUGUGGAACAUGUUCUGCAUUGUUGGAGGCUGUGUGGAACGUGUUCUAUAUUGUUGAAGGCUGUGUGGAACAUGUUCUGUAUUGUUGGAGGCUGUGUGGAAUGUGUUCUGUAGAAAUGGGAAAUAUCUGUUUUGUGUGUAUGUGUAAUUAUAACCAUGUUACUAUCUAUACAUUUUAAAUAAUGUGUUUCAUUUUUAUUUGUAUGACGGCUACAUUAGACUGUAUAAAAUGUACUGCAGGUUGCAUGUCUGAUUUUCAACAGCAGGCCUUAUUCACAAAGCUUUAACUCUCUGUUUUGAUGAACUAAAAGAGGUUUCAUUCAGUCAAAACUUUAUUUAAUCCAUCAAAACUGACAUGAAAAUAUUGAAAUAACCCAUGGUGAUUUGUGGUCCUGUGUUUCUUGAAGAGCACUCACUGUAUUUUAUCAUUGAAUCACAAACAUUAACAAUAUUGAAAUAACCCA